AUGAAUAGAAUUUUCUAUAGAGCGGCACAUACUGCUGCUGCUAGGAAAGCAUUAUUAGAGAAGAUUAUUCGUGUAGAUCAUGCUGGAGAAUUAGGAGCUGAUCGUAUCUAUGCGGGUCAGAUGGCUGUACUUGGUGAUUCAUCGGUAGGAUCGGUGAUAAAGAAGAUGUGGGAUGAGGAACGUGAACAUCUGGACAUUAUGGAAAAGCUAGCGGUUAAGCAUAAUGUCCCGCAUACUGCAUUUUCGCCCAUUUUUGCUGCAGCAGCCUAUGCCUUGGGUAAGUGA